CAGAAGUUUGGUGCGCUUUUAUAAAGACCUAAACAAUCAUAUCGAGCUUUUUCGGGUGUAAAUUGAAAAUCGUGUGAUGUUGAGCUCACAAUAACGUACAUUGUUUGCCAAACACGUUAAAAAAGCGCCAAUUGACUGUAAAUCAUCUGAUUGAUCGCUGCCGUCUAUUUAGGAAGGGGAUUUUUGCUUGAUCUUUUCUUUUAUCUAACUUCCUUAGUCUGCUUUCAACAUGGAUAAAUAUCCGAAGACUCACAAUUUCAGCUCUCCAUUCAGUGCCCCUUUAUUUAUGAACUAAGUUUUGCUAAACGCCCAAAAGAUGCGCGCACCCAUUUACCUAGUCUGCGCAGCAUUAGUUGUCGCAGUGCGCAGCGAACCCAACGAGAACUAUAUGGGCUUGGAAUCAGUGAACGUGGCUGCCGAUCCAGAAACGAUAAACUACCUUCUACCCAAGUUAGCUGCCAAGUACAGAUUGAACAGCGACUGGAGGGGGGUUUCCGACCCCAAAUUCUACGUUUUGACCGAAAUGGAAUCGAACGACAUCGAAAACCAAGGGCCAACUGCUGAGGAAGAUUUAAACUUGAGAACUAAAAGACAGUCCAGAAUUGGCCGAAACGCUGGCGGUUCACUGUCCAUCGUGAAUUCUCUGGACGUUUUACGGAAUAGACUGCUGUUGGAAAUUGCCAGAAAAAAGGCCAAGGAAGGUGCGAAUCGCAACCGACAGCUGCUGAUGAAUUUCGGAAAGCGAGCUUUCAUCCAGAGAAUCCCGCGGGCUUAUUUCCAACGCCAGAUAUAAUUUUACAGCAAUAAUUCGCAAGAAACCACAAAUUGUCCAACAAUUGUACUGUUCUUCCUUUCUCUCUGUUUGUUGUUGAAUUAUUUUAGAAUUCCCACUAGUAGGCAAAACAGAAAAUGUAGUGCGACAAUGAUUUGCUACGUGUUGACCCAUCAAGUUACUGUUUUCUUUUCUCUAGUCUAAUUCCUUACUGUUUAAGUAAAAUAUAUUGAAAUAAGUGUGCACUGUCCUUUGAAUGCCUCAAUUCUCUACUUUUCCUUUAAGAGUAAGAAAUGAAAGUCAACGAUCGAAGAAACAAUAAUUUUUUCCGUAUUCAGAGCAUAUAAGAGUUAUAACAGUUAAUUGUACUAUAUUAUUAAAAAGUUGUACAGAACAGAAUUAUGGUUAUUACUAUUACUAUCAAUAGAAAUAAACAAGAAAAUAUGAGCA